AUGGAGACCGUCAAGCAAACCGUCAACUACGUCGCCGAGACCGUUCAGGGUGCCGGUGCUACCGCUUCCAAGGAGGCCAACAAGGAGGUCGCCAAGGACUCCGACGCCAAGAUCAGCACCCGUGCCAAUGCCGCCUUCGACGCCGUCGGUGACAAGAAGGACGAGCAGGUCCACAACACCAAGGCCGAUGUCCACAAGGAGGCUGCUAAGCACUAA